AUGAUAAUCGGCACGAACCGCACGCCCACGAACCCCACACCACUAUCCGCGCCCCAAGAGCAACAAGUCAAGGAUUUAUAUUACAAGAAUGUGCGCGCGAAAUGCGCGAAGGAGAUUGAAACGUUUGCGCAAUGCGCCCUCGGCCGCACGUUUACGAUGAUAUACGCGUGCCGCCAACCGCGGCUGGCGAUGAAUAGUUGCAUGUUGCAGUAUCAGAAUCAGGAUGAGUUGGAUAAGGCAAGGUUGGAGUGGUUUGCGUUGGCGGAGGAGAGGAGGCAGGCGCGGAUAGACCACCAAAGAAAGCUGGAAGAUGCGCGAGAGAAACACAAAGAAUGGUGGAAUCUAGACGAGUCGGGGCGUACGCUAGGCAAGAAAGCAGAAACGGUUAAUGAGGAGGGACUGAGGAGGAAAGAGGAGAAUAGGGUUGAUGAUAGGGGGGUUACUAGGGGUGGGGUUUAUGGGUCGAGAUGA